AUGGGAUCGGAUGGCAACACGUCAACACGCACGAGCGGUAUGUGGAGCAAGAGAUCGCUGAGUGUUCCAGUGAGAACUCAUUUCGCAACCCUCCAGUUUUUGUCGCCUUGACCUCUCGAAUUCGCCCCUCUUCCCGAUUGUUUGUCUGCCUGUUGGUUGGCGACGUCCGGGAGCCGGAGAGCCGCGAACUCGAGGAGAGCACAGCACUUUUGCGAGAGAUAAGAGAAGAAACAAACAUAUCUUGUGCUCUUGAUGUGAUCUUAGAAACUAGGAGCGAAGGCUCGAAUGACGCAGCGGAUGGAUGGGCGGAAUGAGGUUGUGACGGGCGGUUGUGAAGGGAAAAAGAGCGAGUGAUGGGACAGCUAUGAUAUCUGCGAGCAGGGCUGCGCAAAAGACCGGCCCAAGAUUUUCGAAGAUCUGCCGAGGCCUGAACGGCUGACCCACUUGCAAUAAUUUAAUCGGACCCAAACUUUGCAGGCUUCUUGGACUUGGCUCGUAGUUUCAGACCGAUCGGAUGGUCUGGUCCCAAGAUAUGCUGGUUUGAGAUCAAUAAGGUCGCCUUGCAGCCUUUUCGGCUUUCGAUCUACACGAAAUUUGGACCCGAUGUACUUCGAUCCAAGUCCAAGAAGUCUGCUAAGUUUGGGAACGAUCGGAUAUCUGCAAACGAGUCAAAAUUUCAGACCUCGGUAGGCCUACGAAAAGCCUGGGUCAGCCUUCUGCCCAGUUCUGUCUACGAGGGAAGGGCUCCGAGUUCCCGAUUAUUUAGGACUUCAUUAUAGUUUUAAGCGUGAUAAUCGCCCCGAAACCCCUCGAACGCCUUUCCGGUAGCCCCUCCACUGACCUUGCCUGACCGGGGACACUCUGGAAUGUUCGCUCUCCGCCCGUCCACCCUUCCAAGCUCCAAUCAGUUUCAGUUCCCUUCAAAACAGGAGUAGGGAAAGGUAAGAGCCGAUUGAAAACCAAAAACACCAUCCCUUCCUUCAGCUGUCACAAAUGGCGACGGAAGUUGACACAACCAAGGGCAUCCUCGUGCUCAUUGCCAUCCUUCUCGGAAUCGCCAUCCCGAUCAUCGCCUUCUGGGUGCUCAUCAUCUGGUGCUCUCGCCGCAAGAGAAAGCGUAUGGCCGAGUUUAACGCCACUCCGGCCGCCUCGACUCCAGUGGCCGAGGACGUGGAAGCUGCCGCUCCGGCUCCGGCUCCAGCUGCUCCAGAAGCUCCAGACGGUCCGAAGGAGGAAGCCGCCGCCGCAAAAUCGAGCAAGUCUGCGGCGAAAUCGGCGAAAUCGGACAAAUCUGGAAAAUCGAAGGACGAGGAGGAGGGAGGGAAGACCGGCGACGGAGCAAAGACCGGAGAUGGAAAGACUGGCGAGUGAAGCGGUACGGUAGAUGCGCCCACACACACACACACACACGUUCAGCUCAAUUACUUGUUUUGUUUCGAUGCUAAUAAAGUGGUUCACGUAAGAUCUCUGAUUAUCAGUUUCAUUUCCCAUUUUCUACAAGUUUCUAAAGAUCUGCAGGUGAGCGGCUUUGAUUGACACAACUCCAGAAGAUCCUCAUCAGGUCAUGUCGUCGUCGAUUGUCGUCUCGAACACUUCGAGCACAGCUUCUAUCCUCCAAACCACUGUCACUUUUCUUCAGUCUACCAUACUUCCGAACGUCUCCACCUCAUCUCCUCCUCCACUCACGUCCUCAACAGUUGCUCCUGCCCCUGCUCCGUUUCCUGAACCGUACAUGUACCCCGAAUUCGAACGGAGCACCAAGUCCUCGAUAGACAUCGAGUCGCACGUCUCCGCCUUCGUCACCGCCUUGUACAUCGUCGUCGGCAUCUUCGUCUUCGUCUGCAUCGUCCCGUCGCUCAUCUUCUGUUGCUGCUGCUGCUACAGAAGAUAUCAGGCGAAUCAGCGCUUCGACGAAUUCAUGAACUCGCCGCGGACGGAAGAGAGAGGAGAUCGUGCUCCGAGCGGCUCGAUUUCUUGA